AUGAGUUUAAAACCUUUUAAACUUGAUGAAACAAGACUUAUAGUUAUUGGCGUGAGUGUGGUUCAAUUAACGUUGAAUUCUCUGGAAAAUGAUUUGAUUACCACUGAAGUAUAUUAUGAAGAUGUUGCUUUACAAGAAGAAAUAAAAAAAGUAAUGAUUUCAUUUAUAAUAUCAAGAAGAGAAAAUCUUAUUGCAGAUGGAAGCAAUUAUCGAUUAACAUGUUUGAGAACUAGAUGGUCUUUUGGUCAAAGAUAUAUAUUUGGAUCAAAGGAUCGUUCAUUAAUACCUAAUGAUUACAAGUAUAUGUUUCAAUUGAAAUCAAGUGAAAAAAAUUGA